AUGGGGCCUGCCUCCGUCGGGGAGAUUGCCACAACGCUACAAGCUCUUCCUUCAUUUACCGUUAAUGUAUUGAAAGACUACUGCAGACACAUGAAUUUGAAAGUAUCAGGGCGGAAGGCUGAACUGAUCGAGCGGAUUCGUGAAGCCGUUGAGGAGAAUCCCGAUCUACUCACAGCGGCUCUAGUCUGGCCACCGCUCGUCCUUCCCACUGGUAAGAAAAUUCCUCCUCACGGGACAUCAGGCGGCAACGGGCAUCCAAAGAAGAGAGAGAGUCCCCGUCCUAAUGCCGAGAUGCCCUCGGGAAUGACCGCUUUCCGGGACUCUGUCGUAGAAGCUGCCUUCGCCCGAAUGGAUCCCUUCUGGCCCCUCGUUGUUGAUAAUGUUCCUCCCAAUGAUGGUAUUGUUGGGCUCUGGCGUAUAGCCGAGCAGGGGAGCUACGAAACGUACUUGUCUAUGCCCGAUAGUAGCCUGUGUUCGGUUCCUGGUGCUCGCAUAUGGGCCAGAAUGAUGGCUAUCCCCUCUCGAAUGCUCACGCCCUCUGAUGCUAAUACCUUCAUCCGCACCAAAGUGUCCCUCCAGCACGUGUGGCCGCAUAGUUUCUUACUCGAGUUCGCUGACGGUGCCGGAAUAAAGGUCCUUCCUCCCGAGCACCUCCGCAAACGCCGAGAUUGCCCCCUAGACAUUACAGAUUGCAUACCGCCGCAUCAGACGGCAGUUCCCUUCAAGGUAACGAUCCAGUUUGACCCGAAACUACCCUCAGCUGCUGAGUUGCAUUACGUACUGGCCAUCGUGAAGUGCAUGCCCCAGGAGCCUUCUGCUAUUCUCAAAGGGGUCCCCGUAGAGGACGUAAGAGUGUCUUCAUCUCGAAUAAGGAGUAUAUUGUCGAGGAAGGAGUACGAGGAGGAUGACCUCCAAAUCAGUGGUAGCUCUGAUGAAGUUGAUGGGGAAACGCGGGCUCUCCGUUUGACAUGUCCAUUGUCGUACGCCAGGAUGGAGUACCCGGCCAGAGGCCGAGACUGCACUCACAUACAAUGUUUUGAUCUGGAGUGGUUCAUUCAAGCCCAGAAGAUGAUGGCAGCCUUCAACAAUCGUUGGAAAUGUGCCGUGUGUGAUGCCGUAUUACGUCCUGAUAAGAUCCUUAUCGAUGGUUUCAUCCUGGCAAUACUGCGUGCAACGAAAGGGACCCAAGCUGAGGAGGUGUUCGUCACCAAGUCUACGGCAGAAUGGAGUCUUAACCCACCCAAUCACGACAACACCACGGACGGUCGUGAUCCUGAUGGAUGUUGUUCAUACUCGACAGCCUCGACGAAGUCCUCCACUGUAGAUGGUCAUUAUGACAAAAGUUGUGAUACUGAUGUACCUCUCAAACGAGCUAGGCUUGACAAGGAGUACUUGGGUGGGAGGGAAACGGUGGACGGGGGUCACGAGGAGAACAAUGAGGAAGUUGUUGAUCUUUGUGACGAUAGUGAUGAUGGUUGA